UACGUAGGAGCUUUGGUUGUGUCGACUUGAUUGGUUCCCGCUCUUUCAGUUUAGUGGGAUUUUCUCAAUCGGUGCAAAAUCAGGGCUUUGUUUUGUUUGGGCUUUCCCUCUUGGGAGCCAAUAAAUUCAUUCAUACAAUCAAGUCGAACGGGUCAGCAGAUACAUCAUAAGUUCUAAAUCUUUAUAAGUUGUUUACCUAAUAAGUAGUUGAUAAAAAUCGCAAUAGCGGAAUUCGUACCGAAAUUACUUAUAGUAAAAGGCGUAUAACCUACCAAGGCUUUGGGUCUCAUCGCAGCAUACUACAUACAUACCUAGUACGCAAACAAAACACAGCAAUAGACACCGAGAUCCAGAGAAAUCUCGAAAUAUAAAAGGUGCCCGCCCUCCUUUUCCACACAUAGUUACCCACAUUAUAAGCAGCCCAGUCACGCACGCAGUAGCAGCAGCAGCAGCAGCAGCAAGUCCCAGCCCACCAAGAUGCCGGAACGCAAGACAUACGUAGUGGAGCACCUGGACGCGGAGCUAGGGCCGUGGUCGGAGCUGGAGUACGCGGCGAUCGCGGAGGAGACGCAGCGGGCGCAGAGCACCUUUAUGCUGUCGUCGCUGCCGCGCGGGUUCAAGGUCCCGUAUAAGUUGACCGGGUUCCCGUCCUUCAUCGCCGAGGGUCGGAGCAUCGAGGAUAUUUACACGGACGAGGAGGAUAGGGAGAGGGUGUGUCUGCUUGAUCCGCAGGCGGAUAGGGAUUUGAGUCCGGAUGAUAAGAGGGAUUUCGAUGUGUUUCUGUUUGGGGGGAUUCUGGGCGAUGAUCCGCCGAGAGAUCGCACGUCCGAACUGCGCAAGAAGGGAUACCAGGGCCGCAGGCUGGGCCCCGUGCAGAUGACGACCGAUACGGCGGUGAGGGUGACGCGGAUGGUGAUUGAGGAGCAGUUCACGUUGAACAAGAUACCCUACCUCGACUACCCCGAGCUCAAGUUCAACGAGCACGAGAGCACAGAGAUGCCGUUCCGAUACGUGAAAGGCAAGGACGGAAAGCCGAUCAUGCCUCAGGGAAUGAUAGAUCUUAUCAAGAAGGAUGCCGACAAGAGUAUCAACGAUCUAUUCUAGAAUCAAUUCCAGAAUGAAUUCUAGACUAUAAACUGCAACAAGUACUGGGACGAAAUUGGGCAACGAGUAAUUAGAACAGGUUAGGUAACCUGAUUAAUAAAAAUUACUUGACUAAAUGCCAUGGCUGGUUGACGGGGUUUGAGGAUCAUCGAGUAGUCUGUGACUACUGUAUUAUGAGCUGAAAAAUGCGUGAUCGCAUGUAUUAACCCCCGAGGAAGAAGUACUCCACAGGAAGCAGACAAGAAUACUUAAGAAUAGGCAAAUUAAAGCACAAAGA